UGGAUGAUGAUAAUUGAAAAGGAACCAAGCGCCAAAUUGCAAAAAUCUGGAUUAUGGAACCAUACGACAGUUUGGCAUUUAUUUUUAAUGUGUAAAAAGUCUCAAGCGCCUACCGGCAUCCUAGCGGCAUGUAUUGAUUGAAGAUCCAAGUUCCAGUACUGUUUAUAGAAAAUGAUUACUGUGGCUUGGUUCCCUUUAUAUUUUCGGACAGUUUUGUUUGUGAAUGCUGGUUUUCAUGUUUUUGGAUUUCAAUUUGAACUAAAAAUGAGUGAAAGAACUAAGGAUGGGCCAGGUGAAUCUUUUACUAGAGUGUAUAUGCUUGGAAAGGUUGAAGUGUGCCGUCGUGGUACUUAUAUCAACACCUACCAAAUAUCCACAAAGCGGGUUAACACUGCAUUAGAAAAAAAAAAACGUAGCACCAAAAUACAAGACGAGCGAGGAAAAUCUGGAGGGAAGAAGGAAAUUGAUGUAGAAUCAAUAAAUAAAAUUAUCGAUCACAUAGCCAAAUUUCCUACCUAUGUGUUUCACUACUAUCGUUCAGAAACGGAAGCGAAAUUUUCACCUUACGACCUCACAGAAAGAAAAAUGUCUCUAUGUAAAACACAAAAAUCCCAAAGUUAG